AUGGCGGGCCGCAGAACCGGAGGGACCACUCCGGACGGCUCGCAGGCAGGAGACACAAAUAGCAGCGAGCAGAUCGACAGCAUGCGGUCUGAGAUCAGUUCGCUGACACAGCAAAUGGGCCAGCUGGUGCAGCUGGUCGGAGGACUUGCUGCACGUAUAGAGGAGAAGUCCGGCGGUGCCACGGAGGGCGCCGCUGAAAGCGGCGGCGCCGUGGAGAGCGUCGCCACAAGCACUGCAGGUCAUUUUGGGACCGUGCAGUACGACGGGAGCGCGCAGGCAGCGGACCUGCGAAGAGAGUCUGGUCCUUCGGGACGACACAGCGGCGAAGUAGGGGGUUCAGACCCCCAAGAGGGAGAAAGCGAGGAACCGACUGGGAAGGACAGCAACGAGAGCGUGUACGAAGCGGAACGGUUCGAGUUCGGUCGUGCUAGGACUGGCCACAGCGGCACCGGAGCAGCGGCACCGGAGCAGCGGCACCGGAGCAUGCGGACGGCAUCGAACCGUGGCGCACGAACAAACAUCUCUCUCAGAUCCUCAGCGAACAAACAUGUGCACAUCUUGUCCUCGCUUCCGGAGCGUGGACCACUCAUCUCCUCACGGACUCGGGCCAAGACUACCACUGCUUCCGGUGGUACCGUCACCGGCCCAGCUUACUUCGGACGUCAACCGCGGGCUACCAUCGUUUCUCGAACGCCGUCGCCUGUCCGUCGCUCUAACAGGUCUCGUACAAAAACCAAGACCACCCGGGUCAUCGCGCAUUCGCCGCACCCAUCCGCGACGCUCGCGUCGGCAUCUUCGUCGACUGUUUCCGCGCCACCGGCACCUUCGUCAUCAUCACCGUCUUCAGCGUGCUCUGUUUCGCCGGUUUCGCCUUCUUCACAGGUGUCGCCCACGUUUUCGUCUCCCGCGGCGCCGUUGUCGCGCGUGGAGGUUGCGGCUGCUUCUGCAGCCGACACAUCAUCUUCUGCCGCUCCUUCCGCCGGAUCGCCUGAUUCUCUUUUGGAAUCACUCGCCUUAGACACUGCUCAUCUGCGGGACUGCGUCCAGAGUUUUAGAGCUGUGGAUUGGGCUCGGGAACAGCAACAGGAUAGCGAAUGUGUGGCGGCCAUGCGUUUUCUUUCCCGUGGCUCUCCCUCCCCACCUCCCCCUGAUUUGCUGACCCUCGUUGCCCCACUUCGUUCUCCCCGGUUCGACGACGUGUUGGCGCUGGCGGCGAAGACCAGGUUGCACACGACCGACGACAACGUCACUCUUCUCGUGCACAAAUCAGCGCCGUCGCCGGUUGGACGCUCUGGGGGUAGGACCACUCGCUUGCCGAAUACUGGAGUCCCUCGUGUAUACGUGCCGAUGCUCAUGCGUCCGUGGGUUUUGCGUGCUUGCCAUACCCACGCGUUCUUCCAUUUGGGUGUUCACCGUACACAGCGGCUGCUCGAACGUUUUUACUGGUGGAUUGGUGUGGAUCGCUCCGUGCGCUGGUGGCUCCGAUCGUGUCUGGUGUGUCAAGCCCGCAAGACUUCACGCCAAACUGCUCGGUGGCCCAUCAUCGCUAUGCCGCUGCCGCAAGGGCCUGGAACUGUCGUCGGCGUCGACUUCUUUGGGCCUCUGCCAUUGACUGCCAAGGGCAACUCUUACAUCUUGCUGUUCACCGACCGCUUCAGCCGGAGAGCCGACAUGUUCGCUGUCACAGCCGCUGAGUUUACGGCCAAAAGAACGGCCAACAUCUUCGUCAACCAGUACAUGACCAAGUGGGGAUGCCCGACUACGCUGUUGUCGGACAAC